AAGCUGCUGCUUAAAUCUUCUGCUUUCAUCGUGUUUAAAGUCUCGGACAGACGCUGAAGUUUCUCCCGGGUCGUGUCGUCACUUCUGGGUCAGUCAGAAAACGUGAGACCCGGUUCUGAGGACUUAAAAAAAAACCCUUUAACGAGUCAGUCCUGCGCAGUUUACUGUCGGCAGAGACACAGGUGACAGGUUUGUCUCCAGGUGUGACUGCUCCAACUGUAACCACCUGCAGCUACAGUGACCACUGACCGGCUGUUUCACCUGUCUGCUCGGCCUGGUUACCGACACGGUGACUGCUAACACACCGCCACGUUACUCUGUACGGAAAGCUGCAGGACUCAUACUUCAUCAUGACGGGAAGGUUAAAGCGAAACACACGUGUUUCCCAAGGUUCAUUCUCGUGCAGGCGGUCACAAUGACGAGCCUCCAGCUGAGUGCGGAGGAGGAGAUGGUGGAGAGGUUCCUGGAUGCUGCAGCCAGAGGAGAUCUGCCCCAGGUGUCCACGCUGCUGUCCCAGGUCCCCUCGCUCCUCAACCAGACGGGGUACAGCGGCUGGACGGCGCUGAUGCUCGCUGCUCGCAAUGGACACUAUGAUGUGGUGAAGACACUGGUAUCACAUGGUUGUGACAAGUUCUCAGUGAACAGUUCGUCACAGACCGCCUUCGAUAUCGCCAAGUUCUGGGGCCACAGGCACAUCUCCAACCUGCUGGGCCGGACUGACGACGGCUGCCAGCGAAUCCUGCCGGGCUCUGACCUCAGCCAGCAGGAAAACUACUUCAGCAGAGAGACGCUGGAUCGACUGAGCGGUAAGAGGACAGACAAGGUGUGGCUGGAGGCCAAACAGAGCGACCCCGACACAGUCUACCUCCUGUUCUCCAACCUCAGCCCCAUGGUCAGCAGCUCCCAGGAAGACGGCAGCACAGGGGGCGACACCAAGCUGUGUCGCUUCAGAUACGACGCAGUGAAAGACCUUCUCCAGAAACCCGCCACUGUGCUCGUCUUCCUCGGAGUGGAGAGGAGGAAAAACCCCUCCUCCACCACCAGCUCCUCCCCUCCGACGGAGGAGGGUGUUCAGGAGCCUCCAGCUUGGUUUGCCAUCAGCACAGAUGAAGAUGCAGCUGAGCUUCUUAAACGCUGCAGAGAGAAGAACUGCUCCUUCCCAAAGACGCCCAACAGAGACCUGCUGAAACUCAACGAGGACGAGGCCGGAGUGGUGGCCCAGGCUCGGUCGGUGUUGGCCUGGCACAGCCGCUACAGCUUCUGUCCGACAUGUGGCAGCAGCACCAAGCUGGAGGAGGGAGGCUACAAGAGGAGCUGCCUGAACGCCGACUGCAGGAGCCUGCAGGGGGUUCACAACACUUGCUACCCACGAGUCGAUCCUGUCGUCAUCAUGCUGGUGAUCCACCCUGAUGGAAACCAGUGUUUACUGGGAAGGAAGAAGAUGUUCCCAGCUGGCAUGUUCUCCUGUCUGGCUGGAUUCAUAGAGCCUGGGGAGACGGUGGAGGAGGCGGUGAGGCGGGAGGUGGAGGAGGAGAGCGGCGUGAAGGUCGGACCGGUCCAGUACGUCUCCUGCCAGCCCUGGCCGAUGCCGUCCAACCUCAUGAUUGGCUGCCUCGCCGUCGCCAUAUCGACCGACAUCAGAGUGGACGAGAAUGAGAUUGAGGAGGCUCGCUGGUUCCCACGGCAACAGGUGAUCGACUCCUUGUUCAGAGGAGCCCGUCCCGCCUUCACCAUCCCUCCCAGACAGACCAUCGCCCACCAGCUGAUCAGACACUGGAUCGGCAUGAACUCUAACCUCUAACCUCCGGCCUGUGACCCUUGACCUCCGGACGGUCUAAUGGUUCUUACUGUUAAAUGACUCAUUUGAACGCACUGCCUGUAUGUGAAAGAGACAGUCUGUGCAGUUCAAGGCAAAGACGAAGGCGAAUGAAAUGAGAAAGUUCUCAAACACUCAAACACAAAGCAGCAGUCUCUCGAGCUCUCGGGUUUAAAGUCGGGAACUUGCCGUGUGACGAUGGAUCAAAUAAAAACCGGUGAACACGAUGUUUGUCAUGAUACCAGACAAAUACAGAGAGCUGUCGUCCACAAACAGCAGCAGCCUGUUUGUUGCAGGAACACACCACAGACAGAUAUCAUGUAACACGAGCAACAGUUUAUUGUCCAAGCCUCAUUCCAAUCGUGUCAAAACUAACAUGGAAAAAAAAUAAACACUUGGCCGUAAGUCA